CGCACCAGCCCCGCCGGAAGGCACGGCCGGAAGGGGCGGGCACUGCGCCCGGUGGGGCCUUCGCGCCAUGGCUUCUCGCGGCGUCGUUGGCCUCUUCUUGCUCUCCGCUCUCCCUCUCUUGUGUCUGGAGCUUCGGCGCGGGAUCCCGAGCCUCGGAAUUAAAGAUCUCAUCUUGCUGAGUGGCCGGAUAUUCCUGUUACUUGCCCUGCUGACCCUAGUCAUUUCUGUGGCCACCUCCUGGUUUAACUCACCUAAACCUUCCCGAGUUCACGUGAAAGAAGGAGAAGAGAAUGAGAAAAGACAAAGACUCGUGAGGAAAAAGCAACAGGAGGCCCAGGGUGAGCAGGCCAGCAGAUAUAUACAGAAUGUUUUAAAACCUCAGCAGGAAAUGAAAUUGAAGAAACUAGAAGAACGGUUUUAUCAAAUGACGGGCGAAACCUGGAAAUUAACCACUGGCCACAAACUCGAGGGGGAUGAAGAUUUUGUGCUUGGAAAUUCGAGCCAGACAUCUUUUGAAACAGCAAACAGGGAAGCAGCCAGAAGACGGAACUUGCCCAAGCUUUUAACUGAAGUCUCACCACCUGCUCCACAGCCCGCCAAGAAGGAGGUUCCUGAUUUACCUGAUGAACCAUCAGAAACAGCUGAGGAGGUAGUUACUGUUGCCCUUCGCUGCCCAAGUGGACGUGUUUUAAGGAGGAGAUUUUUCAAGUCUUGGAAUUCACAGGUCUUAUUUGACUGGAUGAUGAAAAUUGGGUACCACAAAUCUCUAUACAGCCUUUCCACUUCCUUUCCCAGACGACCUCUGGAAGCUGACGGAGGCUUGUCACUGGAGGACAUAGGGAUAACUGUGGAUACUGUACUUAAUGUGGAAGAGAAAGAACAGAGGAGCCAGUAAAAUCAGAACUACCUGUUGUCCUUAAGAGUCGUUGUAUGACCUCACCGGCAGUGUUCACAUUAAAGCCAUGCUCCAUGUUGUGCUCCUCUUGUUCAUAGGAGCAUACCUACAUACAAUGGAAGAGGAUUGCUUGAUACGGAAAGCUUUGUGGACUGUAUCAUCUUACAAUGUACCCAAGUGAGAACAAGGUAAAAAGGAUGUAAGACAUCUGACAGCAGGUCUGAGCCAGGCAAGGGGGCACAUGCCUCCUGGAAAGUCUGAGUCAGACCGUCUUAAAACCAACCAACUAGCUGAUAGAAGAACUGUGAUUUCUGCUUCUUGAGUCUACAGUAUUUAACAAUUCAGCCAAACCCUUCACAUCUUCAAGUAGGAAUAUUGAUUCCACUGUAUUCCUAAAAACUUAAAAAAGACUUUAAAGAAAUUUCAGAGUGGACUGAUUCCAUGUACUUUGACCUAAAUCUGAGGGUGAAGUUUUUGCCACAGGAACUUUGGGGAACACACUGAAACUACAGUAAGCAUGGCCAUUGUUGGUAGGUGCAUUUUGUGGGAACACACUUUUACUGGAAGUCAGAGUUUGAGCUUAUUUUUGCUAAGUUUUUGACGACAACAGCUGUGGCUACAAGCUAGAGAUUCUGACCAAUUAGAAGGGAAGGGAAGGUGUAGAGGUGGAUCUGUCCACCUGGACCAGAGGUCGAGAAUUCAAGUCUAUUCCUUCUAUCAUGUUAAUAAAGUCUACUGCCCCUCCUCCUCUCCUUUUGGAGUGAAGUAUCUAAACGUGUAGAAAAUAAAUGAGGCGGAUUCAGUAUUCACUGACUGUCCCUCCUGAUGCUA